CAAAGGAGCAGCAUAAUUAGUAGUCGUAGUAGUAUUGGUAGCAUUGUUGCUGCUGCGAGGGUGGCUGACUCACUGGACACGAGUCGGGCACCGUCGUCCUAAGGGGCAUUCUGGGUCGCCUGCUCGUUCCUAUGAUUUUUGUAAGUUGAGAUGGUUUUACAAAGAGCGUGGUUGAGCGCUCCAUGAUUUUGAAUCUUGUAGCUAGUCGUGCCUGCGGGCUUACUUAGUCGUAGAGUGUGCUCUUGGGUUGCAAAAGUAUAUGAUUUAGGCCGUUCUACCUCGUUUUCCGAAUUUUGAUGGAGUAAAGUGAUUUCGGUAAAGGCCACGCCUCCUCUAGAGCCAUACCCCACUAUUUGGAGAACCACAGCAUUGCUGCCAAAAAAAACAACGCAAGGCCGAUUCUGAAGCUGGUGCCGAUUUUGUGGCAAUUUUUUUAUCAGCUGCUCAUAAUAUUUGAUUGAGAGCGGUCGAUUAAGAUUAUUUUAAUAGUCUCGACUUAGUUCCCUAGGGUCUGGUCUCAAGGUUGAUUUGGCAGGUCAAAUCGGAGACAAAUGGCAUGACAUUUUAGUAGUAGCUGCUCCUGCUACACCCACUGCGACUCGGUGCGAGAGAGAGAGAGAGAUGACGGGGAGCUGGCAUUAUGAGAAGAUAAGGGAAUGAAUUUGGUCUAUGACUACAACCAACACAUCUACUUGGUAACUACAGAACGCACUAGAGGAUAUGUAUGGUACUACAGUGGAUCGUCCCGAUGCUCGUAGUCUCACACAUUAUUCCACUGGUAUCGUCGCAACACUCCAAGGGUCGCCCAGUGCUGUCUGCUGUCUGUCAAAGAUUUUUUAAAGCCACUCAAUGAAAUAGCCCUUUUUCCUGAAGAAAAGAUACUCGUCCGUUGACUGGCCUCAGUAUUGGAUCAAGUGAAGUGCGCGUCAGGGGCUCCAGUAGAUGAAGUAAGUAGCCGCAGUGUGGUACCUUUUUGAUAGUCGCAAACCAUUUAUCUAUGAGAAAUUGCUCCACGUAUGCCAUUUUAGCAUUUCUCAGAACUAAGGCCGGAGUCCAUUUUCACAUUAUGAGUUUUCCCUCCCAAGUGGUUUUUUCUUGGCUUGAUGCUACUGAAUUGACGUAUUUUUCAACGAAGAUCAAAGAGGUAAUAAAACUAGAAGCAUUUAAGAUCAUCGUUUAGAUAUAAACCCCACUAAUUUCACCUCAGAAAGCACUUCAGAUUGUUGCGUGUCAGUCUGCGUAGUUUCUUCUAAUAUCUCAACUAGAGCAUGCUAUUCUACUAUUUCCUCCGACCACCUUCAUGAACUUCAUUUAGUGUUGAACAAACGCCACGAACACGAUGAGUGUGCUGUAGCAGAGAUAGGCAUCAGCACAAGUAGGUGGGAAAAAGUUGUUGAACAGUAGAAUUGACCACUCUCAAGGAAACUUGUGAAAAGAAAGAUCGAAAAAUCAAAUGGGCAGUGUUGUAAAGAGCCAGCGGUGGUAGAACUACAACUUACUAGAUCAAUUGAAUAAGAAGGACUACCUACAAGAGGGACAGGUAAGCUUUUUAUUGAUGAAGUCCCGAUGGCAAUGUUGUAAAAAUGCUAAUACAUGAUUGUGAUGCGUUGGCCCUUUGGCCGAAGACUUUCAAUUAAAAUGAAAUGUUUGUAUAGUUCUAAGGUCGUGAGAUGCUGUAGACAUUCGCUGCCCAGUGAUUGGAAGGUGUGGAAGAGGAUUUGGUUGGAAAGUCGUCUACAGAACUGCACCGACCCUUGUUUUCAAUUUGUUGACCCACGCCACCAAUCUACAUUCCUCACUUUCGCAAUGUUCUACAUCCUCAUGAUGUGAUCCUGAAGCCAAUCUUCAUUUUCAACAACGCCGCCACUGGCAAACUCGACAAAACAGGAACAUCAUCAAUUAUAAGGCUCACAGGUAUUUAUACUACAGUGUACUAGCCGCGUAUGCGUCUUCUUCAACUUCAAGUGGCUUGACGAGAAACUACCAGAUCUCGACAUUCUGGAUGGUAUCUUUAACGCCGAUAAUAUUGGGUAUAACUGCGCGUAAGAUCCAACCAAGCACGCAAACGC